CGUAUGAAUGUGAUAAGGCUUCCAGUCAUGUUAAUGAUACAUGUCCGAUAAUUUAGAAUUACUUUGGAUACAUUUUAAACAGAGUCCAGAUCUACUUUCUGUUCGGACUGAUGAUAUACCAAUAUUUGAGAUACACACACUAUCUCCGUUAAAUUUUGAUGCACAUCUACUUUCGGUUUUAACUUAAGUUGAACGAUUAAAGCAACAGUAUGACCGACGAUGUCAAAGUGACUGUUACAGAAGAGACUGCGUUAGUUUCUUGGAGUCUGCUGAUUACGGCUGUAGUGGCUGGAAUUAUUUUAGGACAGCAUUUCGUAAACUAUAACAGAGAGGAAGAUGGAAAUACACUUCCAACAACGAUUGAUCAGUUACGACAGGAACUGGAACAAGAACGAUCACUAAUGUUAGAACUGAAAGCAGAAGUUAAACUGGAAAAGAAAGACAAAGAAGAUGCUCUGAAACGACUGAGUGCUAUAAUGUCAAGUCGUUUACGAGAUGGUAAUCCUAAUGUAGUAGAUCUCAGCGAUCAAAAUCGUCCAAUGAAAGUAGGAGAGCAGUUUUCAGAACUUUAUGAUAAUCAAUGGACAGAUGCUUACAGUGCUGUCGAAAAUCACUUUAAACAUAACGAGCCCAAGAUUAUUGCCUUCCUGCUGGGUAUUUUAGAGCAAUGUUUUAACACCUGCCAAGACACAGCAAGAAAACAGUUGGAGCGUCUACAAAAAGGUGUGACAAAUCUUGAAGCUAUGAUCACAAAGAAACGUACCAAACUACCAAAUGACUUGAUGCAGCGUAUUAAAGAAGAAAGAAAACAUAGUGCCGCCGAGGAAGUUCCAGAAUAUACAAACAUGUUGCCUCAACUGAAGAAAUUCUUUUCAUCACAUGUUCGCGACAAGACAGAUCUUCUAGAACAAUCGGCACUAAAAGACUAUAUACAGGAGUGUUUGAGGUUGUCUUGGCUGAUGGUAAUACAAGACCCUCCAAUGACAAUGAUACUAAAAUCUGAAGCAAAAGCAAUUGACAACUUUAAGGUUUACAAACAUAGAGGCAACCAUGUUGAUUUUAUUGUAUGGCCCGCUUUGCUUCUUCAAGAAGGUGGCCAAAUGAUAACAAAAGGAGUGGCAGAGUUUCGAAAAUAAGUUAUGAGUUGUUCCAGUCUUUGAUGAUAAGCAUUGACAGUAUGAUUGAUGAAUGUGGACAAUGAUACAAUAUUUAGGUGAUAGAGUGUGUAGUAAACAUAAUCAUGUUGCUGUGAAAUAAUUCAAAAAUUUACUUACUGUACAUUGUCUUAGAAAAGUCUCCUCUGACAGUCAUUAUUCUGAAAGAAAUUUUAUUACUGUAUGUAAAUGUGUAAUGUUUUCACAAAUAUUUAAUGCAGAAAAGUC